CCACAGCUGGGCCCUGAUGCGCUCAGCAGCAGCGCAGCGGAGGCGCCUGCUUGGAAGCGCGCGUCCCGCACGCUCUGCGUUUGCUUUUAGAAGGAGGCAGCGGCGGUGGCAGCAGCGCCCCGUCCGGAUCGUUCCGAUUCUCCCGGAGUUCAAGGUCCCUCCUUCUCGCCGCAGCCUUUUCACCAGUGAAUAGGAAGACGCCGAUGCAUUUCGGAACUCGGGAGGCUGCAGGAGUUGGGCUCGCGUUUUGCUUCGUUUCAAAGCCCCAAAUCGCUUGACUUUAUGCUCGACUUCCUUCCUUCCCCGCCCCCUCCCGAAAGGCGAUCGCGGAGCGGGCAGCUCGUGUGGAGGAAAGGGGCGGGUUUCUUUCCCCCCCCCCCCGAGGAGGAGCAGCCGCGCCGCCCUCCGUUGCGCGCCGGGGGCCUCCUCCUCUUCCUCCUUCCGAGCAAUCCCGAGGAAAGGGGCGGCGAGGCGGGGGCGCCGCUUUCUCGCGCCGGCCGGAGAAGGCGCGAUGCGGGGCCGCCGUGCCCUGGAGUGGGGCGCCCCGAACCGGCCGGGCGCCGCCUCCUCUGGCACGAAGGGGAUCACCACGGCGGUCUGGAUCCUUCUCCCAGCCAGAGCUUGAUGGAACUCGCCUCUCUCCCGCUUCCCCAGUCUUCUCCCCGCCCUUUCGCUGGGCCCUCGGGCAAGGAUGGGGUACACAGACCCCACUUCCAGCCGGGAUUUGCUGGGGAACCGAACUUUGCUGUUCAUCUUCAUCUGCGCCUUUGCCGUGGUCACGCUGCUGCAGCAGAUCCUGUACGGGAGAAACUAUCUCAAGAGUGGGCUGCAGUUUAGCUGGCAGAGUGGAGAGCAAAUGGCCAAUUGGACCGGCAGCCUCAAUUUCACGGAUGGCGGAGCUCUGAGGAGUGGCGGUGACACAGGCACCAGGUACUUUGAGUUUUAUGAAGGUCCUUUGGAGUACAACUCCACAAAAUGCCUGGAGCUGAGGCAGGAAAUCACUGCAGUGAAGGUGCUCUCAAUGGUGAAGCAGACAGAAUUGUUUGAGAGGUGGAAGAAUCUUCAGAUGUGCAAAUGGGAGAUGAACAUCACGGAAGCCAAACACUUCAAGUCUACUUUGACGAGGUGCUGCAAUGCCCCAGCCUUCCUCUUCACCACCCAAAGGAACACUCCUUUGGGAACAAAACUAAAAUACGAAGUGGACACAAGUGGCAUCUUUCACAUCAAUCAAGAAAUAUUCCGAAUGUUUCCAAAGGAGAUGCCGUACUAUCGUUCCCAGUUUAAAAAAUGUGCUGUGGUUGGAAAUGGAGGGAUUCUGAAGAACAGCAGAUGUGGCCGGGAGAUUGACAGUGCAGAUUUUGUGUUUCGGUGCAAUUUGCCUCCCAUCUCUGAGAAAUAUAUUGUAGACGUUGGUGUAAAGACCGAUGUCGUGACGGUUAAUCCCAGCAUAAUUACCGAAAGGUUCCACAAGCUUGAGAAAUGGAGGAAGCCCUUUUUCAACGUCUUGCAGGUUUACGAAAACGCCUCAGUGCUGCUUCCCGCGUUCUACAACACCCGCAACACAGAUGUCUCCAUCCGGGUCAGGUACGUCCUGGACGAUUUUGAAUCCCAGCAGGCUGUGUACUUUUUCCACCCGCAGUAUCUCAUCAACGUCUCGCGCUACUGGCUGAAUCAAGGGGUGCGGGCGAAGCGCGUCAGCACGGGGCUGAUCCUUGUGACAGCAGCCUUGGAGCUGUGCGAGGAAGUGCACCUUUUUGGAUUCUGGGCUUUCCCCAUGAACCCCUCAGGGAUAUUUAUAACCCACCAUUACUAUGACAACGUCAAACCUCGGCCGGGAUUCCACGCCAUGCCUUCAGAACUCUUCAACUUCCUCCAUAUGCACACCAAAGGGAUUCUGAGGGUUCACACGGAUACCUGCAACUGCUGCUGAUGGGAGGAUAAGAGGAAGCUUGAUUGUUCCUUUGUUGUGGAAGGGAGAAGAUGCGACAGGAGUCCUGUGUCUUGAGACCCAAUUUGCACAACUGUUUGUGGAAGGGGAAGCAUCUCCCCAAGGCUCCUUUCAGAAUUCAUCUCUUGCGAAAGGGGCCCCGUGAUAAGAUUAUAAGCUGCCACAUGCUAAAAAAUGACUCACGGCUGUGUGGAUUGGCCCAGGGCAUUCAGUGUAGAAGAGGGGCUUUUAAAAAAAUUACAUUGAGAGAUUUAUGCAAUAAUGUUUGAUAACUGUACAUUUCUUCAAAGGCUUUGCCUUCCUUGUGAGCUGGUGUUUUCGACACCCUCCCUUGCUUAGCCAGCCAUGUAAGGUUGCUUUCGUUGGGAUGAAGCAGAUCUUAUCCAUCGCAGGAAUCCACACACUGCCUUGGAGUCCACAACGAACACAGAAGCACAUGAUUUAGUGGUUGUAGACCAGAAAUAGAGCACAUCACUAUAACAAUUUCUUAUUUUGCCUCCAGGAAAGCACCAAACCUGAGUGUCCUUGACAAAGUAGAGGUUCAAGGCCCAUUGUUCUUAAACUGUGGUAACUAUUGCCCUUGGGAGAAAAUAUGAGCACUCAUCAGGGGGUGCUCAAGGAAAAUACUAUAAGGCCACAACCACACCAUAUAUUUCAAGCACAUGGCUUACCUCAAAGAAUCCUGAGGACUGUAGUUUGCCCCUCACAGAGGUACAAUUCCCAGCACCCUUAAAAAUGACAGUUCCCAGGAUUCUUGGGAGAGAAAGCUGUGUGCUUUACAUGUAUGGUGUGGAUGUGACCAAAGGGAUAUUGUUUCUGUACCCUGUCUGCAAAUACACUCUUUCCAUUCUGGUUUCCCUCAGCUACCACUGGUAUGAAGGCAAGGGUCCAAUGGUCCUCGAAAAGAAUGCACAUCUCUCCUCCUCGCCAAAUUGCACUCUCAAACCACUUAUUGUGGACUAAUUACCUUUUAACUACUUUCAUUAUCUGGGGUUAAAGAGGGAUAAAAGGAAAGAUAGAAUUACUGCAGUUCUGAUCCACAUUGGCAGGUACAAGUGCAGAACUAGGUGGCAGUAAUGAUCUCAGAUUCAUUCAUCUAGAGCAAAAGAGUAUGCUUGAUAGGGAACUUGCAAAGUAGCAUUUGAUACUAGCUGUGGUGACAACGUUCUCCCUCCAGUAUUGGAGGCAGUGGGCCUGUGAAUGCCAGUCACUGGGGAUCACAAGAGGGGAACAUGCUGUUGCUCUUGCAUCCUGCUCGUGGGCUUCCUAGAGGCAUCUGGCUGGCCACUGUGAAAAGAGGAUGCUGUGGCCCAAUCCAGCAGGAUUCUUCUUACAUUCUUGGAUUCAGAAAUAGACAAGAAAAAUGGGGGAGAACAAUCAAAGCCAGCUUGAUCAGCAGAUGAUUCAAAUGGGCAUCGGGUACCAUGAGUGCAACACUGUUGAGACAGUAGCUGUCAGUCCUCUCUUGGUCUCUCUAGGAAGCAUUUCAUGAUGGGAGACGGGGGAUUUUGAAUUGCCUUGCUGGUUCAGAGCAAAGGUCCUUCUAGUCCACCACCCUGUUUCCAUAACUGUGGAGAAGGGGAUUGUGAGGCGUCCUUCCCUGGCUCUCCCUGUCAGGUUCCUACCUGCUCGUGGUUACUGCCUGUCUCUAGGCACCACCAGGGACUCCACCAGUCCGGACCGCACUCUCUUAUGGUUUACCUAUCCGCUCUAGCACAGAUCUCAACAGAUCCCCCUGCUAGGCAACCACCAGUAACGUCCCAAUACUAGUAUUCCCAGAGACUCUGAAUACUGGUAUUGUUAUUCUCUUCACCGCUGCCACCAUUUGUUACAGUUCCCCUUCAGCCUUGGUCAUUACCUUACCCUCCCUUCUGGUCUGUGAAACCCCAGCCAAGGAUCAGGCCUUUGGUAAACCAAAUUAAGUAUUUAUUACAGAUAACAAAGCUAACAAGAUUAACAAGAUUUCUUCUUAAGGCACAUAAGCAUAUGGUUUUACUCAAUACUAAUCCGAACUCCACCUCCCUCCUGGCAAACAACUCUCUAAACCCCACCAAGCAACCCACUCAGUUCUCUUCUCCCCCCCAAUUCCACUCUCACUCUUCCUUUUAUACAUUCAGCCAUUUUAAACACUCAGCCAAUCAUCUCGCAUUCUACUGCCCAUUCACUCCCCCUCCUCUUUCACUCCACUUACCAUGUAUCUUCUAAAACAACAACACUUACCAUAUAUACAUUAAUAUAGGAACAUCACAGGGAUGUCCCUGGGAUAGGUCGCAAAGAGGACCAGAUGGAGAUGAUCCCUCCCCGUGGUUUGUCCCCCAUCAUCCAGACAUCGGAGGCAUGUAGUUUCAAUGUGGUUCUCACCAGUACAAAACCAUUUGCAGUGGGCAUGUUAACGUCAGAUGCGCAUAAAGGUGAGGUGGGAGUCAAGAAAAGCUGGUUGCUGCUUAGAAGCUACUCAACUUCAUUUUUCCUUCCUGCCGCUUGAAAUAUUCAAGAUGGUGGCAGCUGCCAGAACAGGCUGAGACCUCGGAGUUGCACAGGCCUUGGGAUUGGGGUGAUGGAGUUGGGGGUGGUGCUUGAGUCAGAACUGAGACCUUCCAGACAGCAGGAGGGUUGGUAGUGAAGUCAGUUUUCUGAACAGUUUUCUUAUGCAAGUUAGGAUGCUUUGCACUGGAAAUCAUUCUGGUGUUUGGAGCAGGGAUAGGGAACCCAUGGCCCUCCAGAUGCGGUUGGGCUGUAGUUCCCUUUGGCCCCAGCUGCCACACCCAGCGAUCGAGAAUGAUGGGAGCUGUAGUCCCAACAGCAUCUGGAGGGCCGGUUUCCCCACCCCAUCCUAGAGAGUGAUCUAGCGGGUUAAUUUUACAAAGUAAAAACUCUGAAAUUGCCAAGCUUGCCUAAUAUUUAUAUUCUCCUUGAUCGUUCUUGUUAAAGAUGAAGACUAUUCCCCUAAAGGAAGAAGGCGUCUUAGUAGAUGUUCUUCUUUUAUUUUGUUACAUUUGUAUCCUACCUUUCCACCAGGAUGGUGUAAAUUGUUCUCCCCCUCUCCAUUUUAUCCUUGGAACAGCAGGCUAGGCUAGGCCAGGCUGAGAGAUGAUGACUGGUCCAAGAUCACCCAGUGAGCUUCAUGGCUGAGUGGGGAUUUGAACUCUAACCACUCCACCAUACUGGCCCUAUUUUAUCCAGGAUAUCUAAGUAGGAAGUAGCACACUCAUGCCGGUCUAGCAGACACACAAGCUCUCAUCAAGUGUUCAGGACACUGUUUAAUCUAACAGAUGAUCAAUGGCAAGAUUUUUUAAAAAAAAAAAAAAUCUCCUAAUUGCCAUGGCUGUCAAUAGAAAAGAAGAGCUUUCCUUGAGAUGAGCUGAUUGCCAUAUGAAUUUGUUGUGUGCAAUUGUCUAAAUCCAGCAGCAGCUUGGAAAUGUUAUUAGAACAUAGGAAUGGUGAGCCACUGGAUGUGAACCACUGGCAACUUUUUCCCAUGCAAAGCCCAUCAAAAUGAAUGGCAGCUAGUGCAUUGUCUCAUUUGUUUCAGCAAGGCUUGUGCUAGGGAAGCAUCCCUGUGGAUGAUGCACAACAGCGCAAUGCUUUUCAGAUUUGACACCUUCAGAAAGUACUGUCCACACCUACUUUGCCAUAGAACCGCUCGGUGUUUGAUUUCUCCUGUGGACUGAUACUUCACAGUCCGUGGAGAGCACCGGCCAGGCCUGUUCAGCCUGUCCAUCAACCCUCAUGGAUUAAGAGUGUGGCCUAAAACAUGCCCACUGAUUCUCUGGCAGUGAUGGGGCAACCUGUCUUUCAUGAAAGCUCAUCCAUCAUCUGACUUCACUGAAGGGUCCCAGAACACAGCAUAAAAGCUACCGCCUUGGAGAAAAAGUAUAGAGAGCUCUUAGUGCACAUGGUAUAUGAUACGAAGCUUGUAAAUAAAUAACAUAGAUGUCAGUGUUGUUGAUAUAUCUGAGUGUUGUUGCUCAUGAUAUGGCUGCCAUGUUUGCUGGUAUUGCGGAAGCCAACCCUACAGUGGCAGGGUGCUGAUGGUCACCAUGGCCAUGCAUGAAACAUCCCGCAGCACAGAACAGCACCCUCCAUUCGGCAGCUGGAUAGUGAAAAGCAGCCCUCAGGUUGCCUUUAGAAAGCCAUACAUAUUCUAGUGUAAGCCAAUGGGUAUUUACUAUUAUGAGUAUCAGUCACUGUGAAAUAUACCCAACGUGUCCAAAGGCUUAUGAAUGGCUGCAGAAGGCAGCAUUAAUGGGGGGGGGUUUCUUUUCAGUUGUGCAGCAAGAUGGAUGGGAUGCUGAGGCAGCUCCACAGUGCAUUUGUGGCUCACAAAAUGUUGCUAUAUAAUGUGUAAGCUCUGUGGUAGAGGGAUGGAUAAUCCAUUGCAAGGAUCUGUGGGGGACUUCAGAGGCCCAUUGCACCGUCCCUUCCAGUGAGGCCUAGGCUGCCCUGUUUCAAGGGAGGAUUGCCCUCAUUACAGCGGCAUCCUGCAAUGCACUACCUUACGUUUCCCUGUAAGAAUCAUGUCAACCACUAUGGAAGAGGUAAACGAGAGGGUUACCUUUGGGUACCCCAUCAGCGUGGAAAUUGAACCAGCUCCCCAUCACCUUAACCAGUGAGAAUCAAGUCUGUGCUUGUCUAUGUAACUCUAUCCCUUCACUGGUGCAGCCCCACUCAAAGUUCUUUUUCUUGAUCACACGAAUGUGGGACGGAAUCUUUUUAUGUAGCUUUUUAUGUGGACAGAUUUAUAUGCACUGAUCAGUUUGUGCCAGUCACUAAGUGCAGAUUCAGCUUAAAAAGUAUUUUGUGACCCUAUGCAAAAUAGCUUGCACAGCUCUCCUCUUCUUUGCCUUGCCAUGAAACCCCAAAAUAUUCCUGACCCAACCAAUACCAUGUCCCCGCUUGUCAAAGGGUUACGGAGAUCUCCUUCGGACUGAAACAAACAAAGAGGGAUGCGUUCUGCAACAUAGCAUUGACGCAAUAAUAGUGGUGGAUUUCUGUUGGGUCAUCCGCACAUCAUUCUGCUUUAUGAGUUGUUCUGCGAUGCUUCCCCAAUGUCACUGCAUUAUUGCCACCUGGAGAGGUACUCUGCACUAUAGAGCAACAAAAGCGGGACAAAUGUUUGCAAUAUAAAAAGUUACAGGAUUUUAGCAGGAAGCUCCUGGCAUGUCCCGAUUGGAGAGAAAGCAGCAUGUCCAUCGUAAAACGUUUGCAGAUGGAAACAGUAUUGACAGCGGGAUCGUGCAUAAUCACCCCCAUACAUUUGUGAGCACAAAUCCUCAUGAAUGCACAAUAAAAUGGAUGUCUGGAGGGGCCCUGAGGGAAAGGGAGGAAAGUUAGGGUGGGCAAACACAGGGAUUGUGUUGCAUUCAGCUUUAUGCAGAAGAGAGACUUUUGGCUUUUUGUACUUCUUGGUGUUGUAAAGCAGCUAGACAAAAUUCCCACUUUUGUAUCUUGUGGGAUGAAUGAGCCUUCCUCACUGCCCACCUCUGACCUCUGCUGCUGUCACUUGGUGCUAGUAAUUAGAAAGAGCUGGAUCUUCCCUUUAAAAAACCCAAAACAAAACCACCCAGCUUUGUAGCUUUUUGGCGCGACAUUAUUGUGAUUGUCCCAUUGCCCCAUCAAGCCUCAAAGGUUGAAGGGCGAGGAGAGGGGAGGGAGAAUGUGUAACUUGCCUAUUACUUUGGAAGCCGUUUGAUGAUUGCCCUGUGCACAUUUUUGAGAUUUCCUGAAGGUUUCAUCAUAUUUGGGUUGUCAGUUCUGUGGCUUCAUUUCUUUGGUUGCAAUGAAAGGACCUUGCAGCUAAGAACUGGAGUAGGAGAAUAGAGCAGCUUUUUUAUUUCUCCCUAGGCUUCGUUUAUUGUGCAUUAUGGGACGGGGUGGGUCUGUUUCUCUCUUUAUGUGUAAAAAAAUGGUUAAUCCAAUGUAAAUCCAACUCUGUUCAUUUGAGGCCUUCUGUUAUCAACACAAGUUGAAAUGUACAUUAAAAAUACAGUGUACAAGAAAUCCUAUUUGUAUUUCUUGACCUUGCUUUGGUAUUGGGGGGAAGAGAACAAACAAAACCACUUUGUUUACGUCUGAUUUGUUAGUGCUCUUGUGUUCAUUGACUAACCAUUUUCUGAAAUCCUCAAACUUUGUAAUUUUAUUAGUUUGACAUGUGUUUCCUUAAAUUGACUGUACAAUGUGAAAGAGAGCCUAUAAAUUGAUGUUAAGCCAUAUCUUUAAAAACAGCAAUCAGGGUAUUUUUCAUCAGUCACUGUGUCACUGUGUUUGGGAGACAAU